GGAAUUAGACCAUGAACAUCACAUGACAGAUCAAGUUCAUUUUAAAAUGUUUUAUGAUGGUAGUGGAUAGUAGGGAUUUCCAAUAAGUUUAACACAUAUUUACGAAAAGUGGAUUUGAAAAUUUCAUUCCUGUGACCUUUUUCACCUUUACGGUGUUACAUUUUGGUAUUCUGCUUAAGUAUUGGAAUUUUCGGUUGUUAUAUUUGCAAAUAAAAAUGUCAGAACAAAAAAAUAUUCCAAAUGUAUUUAAAUUCAUAUUUGGAGCUGGUGCAGGAAUGGGUGCCACCUGUUUUGUCCAACCUUUGGACCUGGUUAAAAAUCGCAUGCAGUUGAGUGGUGCUGGUGGCAAAGCCAAAGAAUAUAGAAGUACCUUCCAUGCCUGCCAAGUUAUAAUACGUCAAGAGGGAGUACUUGCUAUGUACAAUGGUCUCUCUGCUGGGCUUUUGAGACAAUUGACUUACACAGGAACAAGAUUGGGGGUAUAUACCUAUCUAUUUGAUACUUUCAAAUCUCCUGAUGGAACACCUCCCGGUUUCUUUACCAAAUUAUUAUUUGGUAUGGCAGCUGGUGUCGCGGGAGCAUUUGUUGGAACACCUGCUGAAGUAUCUUUAAUUCGCAUGACUGCUGAUGGGCGUCUACCUAUAGAAGAAAGACGAAACUAUAAAAGUGUAAAUGAUGCGUUGAUAAGAAUUUAUAGAGAAGAAGGUCUUUUCACUUUAUGGAGAGGAGCUAUACCAACUAUGGGACGUGCUGUAGCAGUUAAUGCAGCCCAGUUAUCUACUUACUCCCAAGCCAAACAGUUAAUUGUCCAAUAUUUCCAAAUGAAAGAUGGUAUACCAUUACAUUUUGUGUCUUCCAUGAUUUCUGGGCUCAUUACAACUAUAGUUUCGAUGCCCUUGGAUAUUGCUAAAACUAGGUUACAAAAUAUGAAAUCACUGUGCGGAGUCGCUGAAUAUUCUGGACCAAUAGACGUACUGGGCAAAGUAAUAAAGAAUGAAGGAAUAUUUUCCCUAUGGAAGGGCUUUCUUCCAUACUACUUACGACUGGGACCUCAUACUGUUUUGACAUUUAUUUUCUUGGAACAAAUGAAUGGCGCAUAUCAUCGCUUAGUUUUAGGUCAAACAGGGAAAGUAGGAGGUCUUUAAACCAAUUUUAUACAAAUAGUGAAUAUCUACGAAAAGCUUGUAUGCUAUAAAAGCAAUAAGAACAUAUUAGAAUUUGUGUAGAAAGUUAUAAAAUUUUUAAUUUUUAUUGAAUGUGGUUUUAAAAGUCUAAUCAUGAAACGCUGUAUUUAUUUUUAUAUAUAAUAUCAAUUCUACUUUAUAUUAUCAGGUCAAUGUAUAUUUAUGUAUAUACUGUGAUAUUAAAAGGAGCAUGCACAACCA